AUGGGCAUAUCUUGGAGUAGCACGAGACGAACCGCACCGCCAACCGUGCCCUCGGAUACCAUCAUUCCAGUUCAUUACUGGGACAUCUCGUCCCCGGGCCGUUCAGCAGCUAUAUUCUAUCUAUUACAAUUUGACGAUGUCCUUGAUGCGGAAAAGCUUAAGGGAUCUCUGAGAAAACUUCUUGGUCUAAAAGGGUGGCGUAAGCUAGGAGCUCGCAUAAGGAUAAAUGUUGACAACGGAAAACUCGACUACCAUAUUCCCGCCUAUUUCGACGAAAAACGUGUACCAUUCUCAUUCCAUCACGAAAACUUCGACAUUAGUGUAAAUGAACACCCUCGAGCAUCGCGUUUUCGACUAGAUCCCAAUGCUAGGACACCGCAUAUACAGUGCCGGGAAGCAGAUUGGAUAGACUUCAUGUGGCAGUCAGGAGACCCGAAAAGAAUAGAAGAUUACCUCUACUCCGAUAAACCUAUAUUAGGGUUCCGCAUGACUACGUUCCUUGAUGCAACAUUAUUAGCCUUCUCGUGGCCUCAUUUGUCAUUUGACGCAAUGGGUCAUGCAUUAUUCCUACAAGCUUGGUCACUGAUUCUCAAUGGCCGUGACGAUGAAGUACCGCAAUUUCUUGGUUUCGAGAAGGACCCUUUGGCCACACUUGGCACGCAGCCCGUAGAAAAAUACAAGCACGCCGACAACCAAUUCGGUAUUCCGCAAGCGGUCAUCUUAGGCCUGCGCUAUGUUUAUGAUAGAUUCCGAAAUCGAAGACUAGAGGAAGAUGGACGAACGAUUUGUCUGCCGGCAGCGUACGUUCGGCAUCUGUGUGAGACAGCCAGAUCAGAAUUGAAAGCUACGCAACCCGAUGGCCCGGUGUCUUUUCUCAGCGAAGGAGAUAUCAUAUGUGCGUGGUGGGCAAGACAACUUGCCCAGAUUCAGAUUUCCGAGCCAUCGAGUCGGGAAGUCGCUAUAUACAACAUAUUUGGACUCAGGGGGCGUUUGGAGCAAGAACUUCUCCCGCCAGGCCAUGCUUACGUCGGCAACAAUUUUUGCACUCUCCCCGCAUUCAUGACGGCUAGUGAUAUCCUAACAAAGCCCCUGGGUUUUGUCGCAGCAGCUAUCCGUAAGGCAUACAUGGAUUUGGGUACAAGGGGCCAAAUAGAAGCACUAAUGAGCCUCAACCGAGCUGCUAAAGCUAAGGGUGGUGUCGCUUUCUUCGGCGACCCGUGGAUGAAAUUGACCAUGUGUACCAACUGGACUAAAGCGGACCUUUUCAACGUCGACUUUUCAGGGGCUCUACCUCAACGCCUACCCAAGGGUGAACGUACGUCCGGCAAGCCAUCGUUUGUCCAAGCCCAUGUUUUCCUAAAAGGUCUCACAGCGAUGAAUUGCUUCAUAAUUCUCGGGAAAGACAUAGAAGGAAACAUUUGUUUGUACGGUUACAUGAAGGAAAAAGACUGGGUCGCUGUAAAUAAAAGGCUAGAAGAUACUAUCAAGAGAGUCGUCGGCAGACGAGCCAACACUCUACAAUCUGUGCCGAAUGAAAAAAUAACAGUUGCCAAAGCGAAGCAAGAUUAUGAACCCUGUGAUCCACAAAACACCGAGGGUGUCUUUUCUCCACCUUCGGUAUACCGAAAAAUGACCCCCGAAGAACGGGUGAAGGCAUUGGAAUGGCAGCCGGCGCCACGGCCAGGGACAUCGGAGCCGGGCGCGAAGAAUACCAAACAGUCGCCGAAGACUUAUAAGACUCGAAUGGGAAAUUGGUUGGCCGGUCUUUUUAGUAACCGGGGUACCUGGGCGGGACUAAUGGGAAGAUCCGACACGCUCGGAUUGUUCGGGAGAUCAAGAAUGAGGUCUAGGCCUGGCCAUUGA